AUGUCCAAGUCCUCCAUGCUUGAUAUAUUCUCUGCCUGGCACUGGCAGACUGCAGUAAUCAUCCUCAGUCUACUAGGCGUUACUGUUUGCUUCUACCGCUCUCGCACAUUUAGCUCCCGUAAGUUACCCUUACCUCCUGGUCCGUCAGAGUCUCCUACUGAGCAUUAUUCUCCCAGGAAAAUUGCUCGGUGGAUAGAAGAAUAUGGACCAGUCAUAUCUCUCAACGAUGGAAAAAAUGUGCUAGUCAUCGUUGGACGUCACCAGGAAGCGAUUGACAUCAUGGAGAAGCAGGGCGCAUUCCUCGCAGACCGGCCUGUUUCUGUUGCAGGCAGCGAAAUCCUUGGGAGAGGAAUGCGAUUCUCUCAAAUUCGCUCUGGCGAGAGGCUCCGCAAAUUUCGCAAAUCUUCGCAUGCGCAUCUACAAGUAAAAUCUGCACAAUCUUAUGAGCCGAUGCAAGUCGCGCACGCCCGUGCCAUUAUUUUGGACAUUCUGCACGAACCGAAAAUGCACCAGCAGCAUAUAAAGCGUUUUGCAACAUCUGUAAUUCUGCGUGUCGUGUAUGGGAGAACCACCCCUACGUCGUUGAACGACCCGUAUCUACUACAGCUGCAAAAGAUGAUCACAAGGGUUCAGGGUGCGAUGGUUCCAGGUGCAUACCUUGUUGACAAAUACAUCAUCCUCAAAUAUAUCCCUGGUUAUGGGCGAACUUUAAAAGAGUGGGGUCGGGAAGAAUACGAUAUGUUAUUAAACCAGUUAAAUCAGGUCAAAAGUCAAAUGGACAACCACGUCGCCCCUCACUCAGUUGCAAAGGAUUUCCUUCUACACAUGGAGCAGAAUCAGCUGUCUGAGACAGAGAUAGCAUAUCUCUCUGGAGCCCUCGUUGGAGCAGGCUCGGAUACGACUUCUGUCGCUAUCUCAACAAUUUUAAUGGCUGCUGCGCACUUCCCGCACGCACAAGUUCGCGUACACGAGGAGCUAGAAGCCAUUAUUGACCGAGAGACUGCUCCCACUUUCGAGAACUGGUCGCAGCUUGUGCAGCUUCAAGCCCUUAUUUUAGAAGCGCUUCGCUGGAGGCCUGUCAACCCAUUAGGUUUACCCCACCGCGCAACGAAAGAUAUCAUUUUGGACGGCGUGUGCAUUCCUGCUGGUGCCACCGUCUUCGGAAAUCAUUGGAGCAUUGGGCGUGACCCUUCUAUCUACCACAACCCCGAAGUAUUUGAUCCACAGCGAUGGAUCGGUGCAGACGGAGAAAUGAAAGAGAACUUGAAGCUGUUUACUUUUGGUUUUGGAAGACGAGUUUGUCCGGGGUUGCAUGUUGCUAACCGAUCAGUGUACAUCGCUGUUGCUCUUAUCCUCUGGUCCUUCACACUAGCAGAAGACCCUAGUGAUCCCAUCGACGACACUGCCUUUACCCCUGGCAUAGUAUCACACCAGAAGCCUUUCAGCCUGAUCUUCAAGCCUCGUAUGGACGAAGCAUCAUUAAGAAACUUCUUUUCGACCGGCGUAUAG